AUGUUAUCAGCUCCCGUUAAGUCGGCCAAGCGUAUCUCGUCUCUCUUCUCCCUCGGCUCGUCCAAGGACCAAAAUCCGCCCUCCUCCCCCAGUUUGCAAAGCUCCGCAGAAAAACCCCCAAGGCAAGAGACGGCGAACGCCAGUCUUUCCGAUUUCGACCUCAAAAACCUACCGCCUCCUCCGUCAUUGCUCGCUUUAAACCAAGAGCUGGCCACUAGUCCGUCGAGCUCUCCGACCGACUCCCGCCCGCGCAGUCGCGGUCGAGACUCGACCCGACCCCCGAGCUCCGCCGGCUUGGCCGUCCCACGCUCAAAUCCAGACUCUCGCCCUGACACCCCCUCCAAACGCAAGAGUUGGAUGCCCGGCAUGAUGGCUCGAUCGAGGGCAGGGUCGGUGGACAAGCGGGUUCCAACACCAUCAUUACCUAGCGCCUGGAUCGCCGGCUUGGAUCAGAAGGUGCUCUACGAUCUGGAGCCUUUGUCGAGGGGUGGCCAGAUUCCUGAACUCUGGAGCGAGACCGGAGACACCUUUGUGUAUCUCUUCCCUCAGAACACCGGACGAGCUCCCUCGUUCAGAGUCGAUUCAACCAUUUUCGCCGAAUCGCCCUCUUUGACAUAUCUCGCCCGUGGGGCCGAUUCCAAGCAAUUGCAAUUGGAGCGGUCCGUAGGAGAGCUGUCGCUCCGAAACCCAGCCUCCCCGCCGUUGAGCCCGAAUGAGCGUCUGGCAUAUGAAGACGACAAUGGGAGCGCCGGCAGCCAACGACUGGCGUUGAUGGAUGACGGGAAUGAGGAGGUGCAGGAGCUGCACCUCUACCUACCGAUUCCGCUGAACAGCGAUGUAUCCACUCCCGACUCCAAAAUCGCGCCGGAAGAUCUGGAUACACUGCUCCUGUUCCGCAACCUGUUUGCCUUCUUGCUCGGCCAAUCGCUCAUUGCGACACCCAAAUCGGGCUCGCUGUUCAGUAUCUUCAUGGACGUGGCGGUCCUUCUCUCUCGAUUCGAAUUUUCCAACCUGGAUGGAUCCAACUUUGGCGAAACCGCCACCUCCAGCUUUAGCAACUAUUGCGAUGAACUGCGACUAGCGGAUGUGCGAAAAAGCCGUGAAAAGACGAUCGAAGCAAUCGUCCUGGGCGAGCGUCUUCGCUACUAUCCCCUUUAUCUCGAAGGAUUUGUCCAUGGAGUGGGCAAGCUCGAUGAGCUCAAGCAGCUUCGAAGUCCCAAAUACAGCUUCAUCCACCCGAUCACGCAAAAGCGCCUGGAGCGUGGCUUCAUUGACCUUGACUCUCGUCUGCGAAGUUUGUAUAGCAAGUUGGAGGACUUUGAUUUCCCCUCGGUCUUUUCCGGCUUCGCCAACUCCACCACGUCCGAGGAAAGCAAGGUCAUCCGGUUCAAGAAUUGGAAGGCCAGCUUCCAAGAGUUCCGGCGCUUUACCAUCAAUUACUACCGCAACAAGUAUGGUGCAUGGCCUCCCAAAGCCCGGUCUAAAAAGAAUGCCUUCGAAGAGAGCGGACUUAACCGCCAAUUGCUCCUGGAUAUCUAUGGCGAUUUCACCGACUUGUAUGACCUCCUUGUCGAUCGCACUCGCCUGACUACUCGUACGAUUGACUCGUCUGGACCCGGGGAGGAUACCACUGCGGAGGACACCAACGCCGUCAUCGUCCGUGCCCUUCGCCAUGUCUUGAGCGAAUAUGAUCGAAGCACGCCCCCAGUCGCUCCCCCGAUUCCUUUCGAUGUGCCUCAGCUCCCUUCGGUGCACGGCUUCCAUCGCAAGCCGAUGGACCCUAAAAAGGAAGCGAAAUACCGAACCAAGAAGCUCAAGUCUUCUGACGUGAAUGCCGUCCUCAUGGAUUCUUACACCCGAGAGAGCAUGCGGCCUACACCCUUUAUCGAAAGUUUCACGCAAUUUGAGCGACGUUGCGCGAGCGGGAAAAGCGUGGAAGAUAUGGUGGAACUGCGCUGUGGGCAGUGGAUCUUCCUUUACGCCGUCCUUCAGUCUCUGCCCAUGCUCGUAGUGGAUGUCCCCGACAUUCGCUUCACUGAAGGGGUGGAGUACUUCCUGUGCGUUGCACCUCGUGGUGGUGCUCCGUGGAUCCAUAACGAUACCAAGACCGCGCGUGCGUGGUUUGGUGUCGCCGGUGGAGCUGGUGUGGUCAGUCUUCCAUCAGACGUCGUCAUGAAUAGUGUGGAAGGUGUCUACCGACGCAGUCACUGCUGGCAAGUGGCCGCGCAAUGGGCCGAGGCCGGUGCUCUGCUUGACCCAUCCAUGAUGGACGAUGCAUACGAUGAGGACGAAUCCUCCCUCUCAUCCCCUUACCAAGGACAGCACUCCUCUGCAGGAUCCUCUUCUGACCCGCAGCCCCCGUCAAUGCUGGGUCCUCAACCAGGUGGCCUCACCCCUCCACCCCCAGCUAUCCCUCGCCACCGAUCUCCUUCAAGUACUCCUGCUCGAGCCGAGCAUCGCCAGUCCAUCUACCCUGGCUUGGAGGCCUUGCCGCUCCCAGCGGGUAUCGCCCCCAUUGAGCCGCCGACUCGACCCAUUAGUCGAUUCAAUCCUAACAUGAGUUUCGACGACAUCUUGAAGGAAGUACCGAAGAAGGACAAGAAGAAACAUUAA